AUGCAACAAAUCUUCCCAAACACGAAAUCCCCAUACAUCGCCAACGGGCCCAUGCACGGCUAUGCGUACAGCCGUCUAGCAAGCGCCGUUUCAUCUGCCGGGGGCUAUGGGUUCAUAGCUGGCGGCACCGAUUUCAGAACGGGGUCUCCACAGCUCGAACAACUGCAAGCGGAGCUCAGCACAGCUCGAUCACUUCUUAGGAUCGCAAGCCCCGAUGAAAAGCUCCCCAUAGGUAAUGGAUCCGACCAUGAGCCUAUCAUCACGGCUGUUCAUCAGCUCCGAGAGAAGGAGAACUGGGAUGUGAAAGUGUUCGUGCAGGUUGGGACGGUCCAGGCUGCGAGGGAGGCGAUCAACUAUGGGGCGGAUGUACUGGUCGUUCAGGGGUCGGAUGCGGGUGGGCAUCAGUGGGCGCAGGGGGCGAGUCUGAUUUCGCUCAUUCCGGAGGUGAAGGGGCUACUUCACGAGUUGGAUAAGACGGAGGAGGUUCGUUUGUUGGCUGCGGGUGGUAUUGUUGAUGCGAGGGGGAUGGUUGCGGCUAUGGCGUUAGGUGCGGAUGGAAUCGUUAUGGGAACGAGAUUUAUUGCUACCGUUGAAUGCGCAGGUCCGGAUGUCGCAAAACAAAAGAUCAUUUCCACUACUGACGGAACCUCAACGACAAUUAAAUCACGGAAGCAUGAUGUGUUCAAUUCGACCGACUUCUGGCCUAGGCAAUAUGAUGGCAGGGCCAUCAUCGGUCGCAGCUACGAGGACUUUCAGAGCGGCGUUACAGAUGAAGAAAUCCUCAAACGACAUAGCGAGGCUAUGGAAAAGGGAGAAGAUGAUAGAACCAUUAUAUGGGCAGGCACUGGAAUCGGGUCCAUCAAGGAGGUGACGACUGUUAAGCAACUUCUGAAUGAUGCUCGAUCGGAAGUCCGAUCAAUAGUGGCACAGAUGAACAAUGCUUUUAGUGAGACAAUUUGA